GAAAGGAAAAUAAUUGUGCGUGGCGAUGCUCUCGAAAACCUCACUUGCCCUGCUCUGGGCGGCCUUGGUGGCUGGCCAUGGCGACCACGGCCGUCAGAGUCCUAUCUCUGGCCCUCACCAGUCACUUUGGUACAGCUCUCUGCCAGGUGAUGGUGGCACUCAGGCCGACUCCGUAUUCUCCGGCAUCUCGACCUUUGGCCGUCUGCCCUAUUCGCAAUGCCUGUCACCCAGCAGUGACGCCAAGUACGAUAUUGCCUUCAUCGGUGCCCCCUUUGAUACCGGCACCUCCUACCGUCCAGGUGCCCGCUUUGGCCCCUCGGGUAUCCGUCAGGGCUCACGAAGGCUGAACCUCUAUGGAGGAUACAAUGUGCCCCUGGACACCAACCCGUUCAACAGCUGGGCCACCGUGCUGGACUGUGGUGACAUCCCCGUGACUUCGUACGACAACAGCUGGGCCCUGCACCAGAUCGAGGAAGGCCACUACAGCAUCCUCUCCCGCGAGCCGGCCACCGACGCGCACAAGGUCGGCCCCGCGAAGAAGGGCAAGACACUGCCCCGGGUCAUCACCCUCGGCGGUGACCACACCAUCACCUUGCCUCUGCUGAGGUCUAUCAACCGUGCCUACGGCCCUGUGCGGGUUAUCCACUUUGACAGCCAUCUCGACACCUGGCGUCCCAAGGUCUUUGGCGGUUCUCCGUCCGAGGUGGCCAGUAUUAACCAUGGUACCUACUUCUACCACGCCGCACAGGAGGGCCUGCUGGCCAACGACUCCAACAUCCAUGCUGGUAUCCGCACCACGCUCAGUGGUCCCUCGGACUAUGAGAACGAUGGCUACUGCGGCUUCGAGAUCGUUGAGGCGCGGGAGAUUGACACCAUCGGCACGGACGGUAUUAUCAAGAAGAUCCGGGAGAGGGUUGGGGAGACGGAGCCUGUUUACCUGAGCUUGGAUAUUGAUACCUUGGAUCCAGCCUUUGCCCCCGCCACCGGCACUCCUGAGACGGGUGGCUGGUCGACUCGUGAGUUGAGGACCAUUCUCAGAGGUUUGGACGGGCUGAACCUCAUUGCUGCCGAUGUUGUGGAGGUUGCUCCUGCGUACGACACAAACGCCGAGCACACCACCAUGGCGGCUGCCGACGCCCUCUAUGAGAUCAUGAGCAUCAUGGUGAAAAAGGGACCUCUGAGCCUCAGUACUGGCCAGGGCGAGGAGCAGGAGCUGUAAAUCCCACCUACCUGAGUCUGUGUCGACCACCUGCUGUGUGAGUUGAAUAAACUCAUAGAGGUGCUGUGGCCUCGGUGUCUUACAGCCCAGGAUCAAAAAUGGGAAGAAGAGAAAAAAGGAGUGGAAAAAACGAGGUUCUAGUCUUCAAAACUUGAGCAGUGCAAUGCCCACUUUUAUUGCAUAUGAGAGGCAAGCCUCUAGUUUAGCUACUUAGUAUAUUCAUCUUUUAGCUACACAUCGAAUCACAGCCAACUAAGCCAUUUCACCC